AUGAGUGAUGUCGAAAAAGCUUUGGAAGAAAUAAUGGAAAAGGAAAGUGAUGCUGAAAACACACUUGAAAGCAACAAGAAGAAAGCAGACCAUGCUAAAGCUGUGGAGAUGCGGAAGAGAGCGAUGGAUAGCAUUCGCUAUACACAGAAAAGAAAGGGGGGUGAUGAAGUCGAGGAUGAAGAGAAUGCACAACCAAAGCCAAAGAUCACAAGGAGGAGUGGUGGAGACACAAUCGCAUAUUUACGCGAGAAAAAUGAUAUGGCUCAGAAAUGGAAAAAUGCAGAGCUGGAAUUACAAAAGCAGCGCCUGGAAUUUGAAAGUAAACAGCAAGACGAGUCCCGAAAGCAACAUCAAGAAAUGAUGCAAAUGAUGGCCCAGCAAGUCAGGCAGCAACAGAAUCAAAUGCAGCAGUUUCAGCAGAUGUUUGCUGCUAUGCAACAACAGCAGUCACAAAUCAUUUUAAGCUUUUAG